CAGACAAACAGUUCGAUAACUUCAUUCGGUCUAAACAUGUUCAACAAAACGAUCUUGGUAGCCCUCAUCCUGUGCGCCUGCUACCUGAGCGCCAGCCAAGCCCGUCCCCAACUGGACAUACUCGGUCCAGCCGUCGGCGGAGCCACCCAAGGAAUCGCCCAGGGAGCCACCGGUGGACUAGUCAGCAAGCCUGGCGAGCUGAUUGGCAGCCUGACCAAGACGGCAACUGGUGGUGGCGGCAGUGGCCUGCCCCUGCCCGACAUUUCGCAUCUCAGUGGCUGAAGCAUCUGAAAGAGCAGUCUGCAUAUAAUUUCUGUAAAUCAGCACGCGGUGCAGCCAACUUGAAAUUUCUCUGAGCAACCUUUUUGUGUAAUGUUUUUGUAUUAAUUGUGUAAAAUUGAAAUUAAAUGGAAUUAUAUUGAGCAGCGUA